CUAGAGAGUAUCGACAUCGACAAGACCGGCAGUUCCAGCUUCUUCAAUACCACACUCAUUGAUUCCACGAACAAUGCGGAAAAACCCUUGCUCUCCCCAAUCGUCGUGCCACGAGUUAGCAAUAAUCCAGUAAUCUUUACCAUUUUCCUUUCCCCAACCGAUCAAUUUAACUGCAUGGGAACCUCGCACUCUGCCAGCGGUAUGCUUAUAGAUUACUGA